AUGACGCCGCCGCCAGACGCCGCCUUCACCACUGGCAUCCUCCUCGUCCUCACCCUCUUGGUUUUUGCCGGCGUCAGCCAUGCCGCCACGGAGUCAGAGGCCAAGGUGCUCCUAGACUGGAAGGCCAGCCUGGGUGACCCGGACGCGCUCUCCAGCUGGGCCAAAGCCGCCGGGCUUUGCUCCUGGUUUGGCGUGUCCUGCAACAACACCGGCCGUGUCGAAUCCCUCAGGCUCCGGGGGAUAGGCCUCGCUGGCACGCUCAACAAGCUCGAUACCACAGCUUUUCCUGCCCUCAUCGUGCUUGACCUCAAUGGUAACAACUUUGUCGGCGCCAUCCCAGCAAGCCUCUCACGGCUGCGCUCCCUUGCCGUGCUCGACCUCGGCAGCAAUGGGUUCGAGGGCCCCAUCCCGCCUCAGCUCGGCGACCUCUCUGGCCUUGUCGACCUGCGUCUCUAUAACAAUAACCUCGCCGAUGCAAUCCCCCACCAGCUGAGCAGGCUCCCUAGGAUCAAGCAUUUUGAUCUGGGCUCCAACUUCCUCAAAAACAGGGACUACCGCAAGUUCUCGCCAAUGCCCACCGUCACCUUCAUGUCGCUCUACCUCAACUACCUCACCGGCAGCUUUCCAGAGUUCGUUCUCGAGAGCGGCAACAUCACCUACCUUGACCUAUCGGAGAAUGAUAUCUCUGGGCCAAUACCAAACUCGCUACCGGAGAAGCUACCCAACCUCAAGUACCUCAACUUGUCCUUGAACGCCUUCUCUGGCCAGAUACCAGCAUCGCUGUCGAAGCUAAGGAAGCUCUGGGACCUGCGGGUUGCAACCAACAACCUCACGGGUGGCGUCCCCGAUUUUCUUGGGUCCAUGCCUCAGUUGAGAGCUCUUGAACUCAGCAACAACCCGCUCGGUGGGGCGAUCCCACCGGUUCUUGGCUGGCUCCAAAUGCUGCAACACCUUGGCCUGAACGGCGCAGGCCUGGUUUCCACUAUUCCACCGGAGCUGGGCAACCUUGGCAAUCUCAAUUUUGCGGAGUUGUCGGCGAAUGAGUUCACCGGUAUCUUGCCGCGGGCGUUGGCCGGGAUGCACAAAAUACAAGAGUUUGGCAUAGAGUUCAACAAACUCACUGGUCAAAUUCCGGCAGUUUUGUUCACGAGCUGGCCGGAGCUCAUAGCAUUCCAAGCGCAGGGAAACUCGUUCACUGGGAAGAUUCCGCCAGAGCUAGGCAAGGCAACCAAGCUAAAAAUAAUAUAUCUCUACAGCAACAACCUUACCGGCUCUAUUCCGGUAGAGAUUGGCGAGUUGGUGAGCCUAAGCCAGUUGGACUUGUCCGCCAACUUGCUCACAGGGCCAAUACCCAGCUCGUUCGGCAACCUCACGCAGCUCAUGAGGCUGGCGCUCUUCUUCAACCAGCUCACUGGAACGAUCCCACCGGAGAUUGGCAACAUGACAGCAUUGCAAGUCUUGGAUGUCAACACCAACCUUUUGGAAAGCGAGCUGCCCAACACCAUCACAUCACUCAGGAAUCUCCAGUACAUCAGCCUGUUCGACAACAACUUUGGGGGCAACCUACCCGCUGACCUCGGUAAGGGGCUGAGCUUGAUCGACGUGAGCUUCGCGAAGAACAGCUUCUCCGGAGAACUGCCGCAGAGUCUGUGUGAUGGCCUCAUGAUAGAGAAUUUCAUGGUGAACCAUAACAACUUCAGCGGCUCGCUACCGCUGUGCCUCAAGAACUGCACAUCCCUAUUCCGUGUGAGAUUGGACCAGAACCAAUUCACUGGGGACAUCUCAAAGGUGUUUAGUGUCCAUCCCAUCUUGGACUUCUUGGAUGUUUCGGGGAAUCAGCUGACAGGGAACCUGUCGCAUGAUUGGUCACAAUGCACCAAUCUAACAAUUCUAUCCAUGGACAACAAUCGCCUGUCUGGAAACAUUCCUGCAGCCUUGUGUGGAUUGACCUCUCUCCAGUUACUGGAUCUAUCAAGUAACCACUUCACUGGUGAGCUCCCAAGUUGCUGGCGGGAACUACAAGCAGUGGUAUUUAUGGAUGUAUCCAGCAAUGGGUUCUGGGGUAAAUUACCUAUCUCGACAAGCUUGAGUGACUUCCCUCUCCAAUCACUCCAUCUUGCUAACAAUAGCUUCUCUGGGGAUUUCCCAUCUGUCAUUGAAACCUGUUGCCGUAAGCUCAUCACACUAGAUCUUGGGAACAACAUGUUAUUCGGUGUUAUUCCUGCUUGGAUUGGAAAAAGUGUUCCCCUUCUACGAGUUCUGAGCCUCCCAUCCAACAAUUUCAGUGGUGUCAUUCCAUUCGAGAUAUCCCAGCUUUCUAAUCUGCAAGUACUUGACAUGUCAAACAACAGCUUUACUGGAUUCAUCCCAAGUACAUUCGGCAACUUAUCAUCCAUGAUUGAACAACUCUCGUCUUGGAGAACAACAUCUUCUGAAAAGCAUGAUGUUGUCAAACUGAGACGGAUUUCUAUUUUUUCUAGAAGGACUAUGCCACCUGAUAGCUUGUCGUCAGUGGACGAGUACCGAGAGAGAGUUAACAUUUUCUGGAAGGGUCGUGAGCAAACUUUUCAGAAAACAAUUGAACUAAUGACAGGCAUCGAUUUAUCAAGCAAUCUGCUCGCAGGCGACAUCCCCAACGAGCUAACAUACCUUCUAGGUCUCCGAUUCUUGAACUUGUCAAGAAAUGAUCUGUCGGAUAGUAUUCCACCAAGCAUUGGAAGUUUGGGGCUCCUGGAGUUCCUUGACCUCUCAUGGAACGAACAUUCAGGUCCUAUCCCACCCAGCAUCUCAAAUUUGCCGUACCUCAGUGUGUUAAAUCUCUCCAAUAACCGUUUAACAGGCUCCAUUCCGACGGGGAGUCAGCUACAGACACUUGUAGACCCAUCAAUUUACGGCAACAAUCUGGGGCUUUGUGGCUUCCCGUUGAGCGCACAUUGUCUGGGUGAGGGAACUGAUCAAGACCACACGCAGCAACUCGGAAGCGAUGUGGGGUUGUGUUACUCUGUAAUUCUUGGCGUUGUUUUUGGUUUUUGGCUUUGGUUUGGAGCUCUGUUUUUCCUCGAGCCAUGGAGGGUUUCCUUCUCUCGUUUUCUUGAUAAGUUUUGCAGUAAGUAA